CAGACCAGCAGCCAUACCAUACAUGAAUUGAAGCCCGUGGGCCAAUCUUGUGUUCUUGGUUUAAAUUAAUUCCCUUGAUUCUGCACUGCGUUUUUUGCCAGCAUCAUUGGUUUUGAAGCUACAUUCGCUCUCACUGUCCUCUCUCACUCUCUCUCUCUCUCUCUCUCUCUCUCUCUCUCUCUCUGACACAGACAGGCACACUGAAAGACUCAUGCAUGAUCAAAACCAUCCACAUUUUCAUUUUACAUGACAUCCGAAAGCACAAAAAGCUGGAUCUUUUUCUCUGUUUCUUGAAAUGGGUUAGUCCCAAUUUUGCAGAAUCUUAACCAGAACUCCAGUUUUUGGAUCUUUUUAGCAUUAAUCUUGAAAUGGGUCUCUGCUGAAACUUGAUUGUAGCCGCUCUUCAUUUCGUCCUGUUUCUACUUUCCAACAAAAGCAGAGGGCUUCUGCUAAAAUUCGGGAAGAUUUAAAGGAAAAAGUUUUACUGGGUUUUUUAGAAAACACCGGAAAGUUGAAAGUUUGCGGUUUAGUAUUUGAAUGUGGUGAUGACGAACAAAAACAAGAAGAAGGUGGUUAUAAACAAGGAAGAAGCUGCCGAAAACUGGUGCUUUGUUUGCAAAGACGGCGGUGAUAUUCGGAUAUGUGAUUAUAAGCAAUGUCUAAAAUCUUAUCAUCCUCACUGUGUGCGGAAGGACGACUCAUUCUUAAACAGUGAAAACUACUGGGCUUGUGCUUGGCAUACUUGCUUCCUUUGCCGUAGAUCUUCCUAUCUUCAUUGUUACACUUGUAAAAAUGCUGUAUGCCGUCGCUGCCUUCCUGCUGCUGAUUUUUUGCAAGUUAAAGGUGAACGUGGAUUCUGCAAAUCCUGCCUAAAGCUUGUGUUACUCAUCGAAGAAAACAAGGAUCAUGACUCAGAUGGGGAAAGGGUGGAUUUUACGGAUCAUGAGACAUAUGAGGGUUUAUUCAUGGAAUAUUAUAUGACCAUAAAAAGAGAGGGAGGAUUUGAGUCACGGGAUAUCUAUGCUGCCCAAGACUUGGUUAAGAUGAAAGAGAAACAUCAAUCCGGUUCUGGUUCCGAAGAAUUUGAUGGAAAAGAAGAAGAAGAAGAGCAGGUAUCUGAUUCUGAUGAUCUGGACUAUAAGAGGAGAUGCAGGAGAAAGUCUAAGCGAAAGAGAUACCAGAGAAAGAAGUCUGUAGUGCAAACCCCUGCAAAGUCAACUAGAAACUACUUUAUUGGGUGGGCAUCAAGACCCCUUAUUGAGUUUCUUGCUUCAAUUGGUAAAAGCACUAGUGAGGAAAUGUCGCAGCGUGAUGUGACUUGCAUUGUAAAUGAGUAUGUUAAAGAAAAUAAAUUAUUUCAUCCCGAGAAAAAGAAGAUGAUAACAUGUGAUGCACGACUACAACCUCUUUUCAAGAGAAAAAUAAUAAGUAAACAUAGAGUAUAUGACCUUCUGGAGGCCCAUUUUGCUGAGAACCAUGAUGAAUCAGAGGACAGCGAUCCGGAGUAUGAUUCAGAAGACAGUAAUGGAGGCAAACCAAAUGAAUGUAAAAAGCAAAAGAGGCUGGAUAUGGGGGAAAAGUCCAAGAAACAAGAGCUGGAAAAUAAUGUUCCUAAAAGUUGUUUUGCAUCUGUUGUAGUUGAAAAUGUCAAACUUGUUUACUUGAAGAGAAGCUUGCUACAUGAACUACUUAAGGAACCUGAAUCAUUUGAAGAAAAGGUGAUUGGAUGCUUUGUUCGAGUCAAAUCUGAUCCAUAUGAUUAUCUUUCAAGAAACUCAUAUCAGCUCAUGCAAGUAAAAGGUGUUAAAACAGUUCAGAACGGUGAAAACAAUACAGAAAUUAUCCUUCUAUUUUCAUCUGUGCCUAAAGAAAUCCACAUGAAUUUGCUUUCAGAUGAUGAUUUCUCUGAGGAUGAAUGUUCGGAUUUGAGACAAAAAGUGGCUGCUGGUUUGCUCGAGAGGCCUACUGUGGGGGAACUUGAACAGAAGGCCAAAAUUCUUCACAAGGAUAUAACUAUGCAUCGGAUCAGGAAAGAGCUGGCCUUGUUGCAAAACCUAAUUGAUCGAGCCAAUGAGAAAGGAUGGAGACGCGAACUGUUUGAGUAUUUGGAGAAGAAAAAGAAACUACAAACUCCGUCAGAACAACUACGGUUGCUUGAGAAUGUUCCUACAGUAAUUCCAGACUUAUCUGAGCUUGAUUCAAAUGCUGAAGACAUUAUGAACGACAUGAAGACGGAUGAAAACGCUCCUAAAUCAAUCCUCCAAUGUAAUUCUACUAUUCCGAGUGAUAGAUUGCAGAACAACAGAACAACAGAAGAGAAGGCUAAGGCUCAUCAUGGUCAUGCAUCUCAUCCAGAACGAAAGCAACCCCUUCCUGUUUCUGAAAGAUCGGCCUCGACACAACUUCUACACGGUGGCGCACCAAACUCUGAGCUCAAGCAUGGCAAUCUUACCCACCGAGACCUUGUGCAACUUACUUCUGAAGAAAAAACAAACAAAUCAGAAGCUGAACAGUCUUCCCUGAAGUCUCAGGACAUGCACAAUGAGAAGGCAACAAGAAAGACAGGCCAAGGUGCUUCAAAGACUGAGGUGAUUGAAUUGCUCAGCGACAACGACAAUGCCAACAGCAGUAAGGUUACCUCUGUUCUAGAUAAUCAAGAAACCAACGACCCGGAAAGACAAAAAUGGUGCAUUCAAGGACCCUGUGGCGAACAGGACAAGUGUACUCUGUCAGUGCUGAAACGUUGGAGCGAGACCAGCUCAUAUGCGUCCAAGUUCAAAGUCUGGAAGGAAGAUGAGAGUGAAGAGGACGCAGUUUGGUUGCCGGAAGCUAUUAACUCCGCGUCAUGUUCCCAGAAAAACAGUGCAAAGCAGGAAGCUGAAAACUAGUGCAUUUUUGUACCUAAAGAACUACAUCCCUUUAGUUUUAGAGGCCUAAAAACAUCAUGGAUGAAACAGCAGUGUUCAUAGUAUCUUUGCCUGGGUGCAGUUUUUGUAUAUAGCAACCUGUUUUGCAGCUAAGGUAUAGAAGGGGAAUCAGUGCUUUCAGAACAUAUAUCCCUUUUGUUUGUUACUUAUGAUCUGAGGUUGCCUUUCGUAGAAUAAUAAUGUGCUGACAAGCUAUGUAAUA